GAGCUGUGCUCUGCGCCGGCGGGAUGCUGCGGCCCGCCGGGCGGGGUGCGUGGCCAGAAGUGAGGGACCCCGGGCGGCGAGCGGGCGAGACAGACGGGCGCACGCAGGGGAGUCGCCACCCAGCCGCCGCUCCGACCGCGGCUGCUGGCGCUCGGACCCCGGAAGCAGCGGCCAGGGCGAGCCGCUGUACAGCUCGCCGGAGCCCCGACGGCCAGCAGCGGGCCCGGGCCCGAGGAGGCAAAGGAGGCAAAGGAGGCGGGCCACCUCGCCGGGCCGGGCCAUGGCGCUUGACUUCUUGGCUGGAUGCGCCGGGGGUGUGGCAGGUGUGCUUGUGGGACACCCGUUUGACACAGUCAAGUGGCUUUCCUGUAGCUGUUGGCUCUCACAGCCAGCCCUGCCCUGGAAUCUGAGGGUUCACAGGAAGCUUCUUGGCAGGUGCGGCUGCAGGUGCAGAGUGUGGAGAAGCCCCAAUACCGAGGGACGCUGCACUGUUUCCAGUCCAUCAUCAAGCAGGAGAGUGUGCUGGGUCUGUACAGAGGCCUGGGCUCACCACUCAUGGGGCUUACCUUCAUCAAUGCGCUGGUAUUUGGGGUACAAGGCAACACCCUCCGGGCCUUGGGCCAAGACUCACCACUCAACCAGUUCCUGGCAGGUGCAGCAGCAGGUGCCAUUCAGUGUGUCAUCUGCUGCCCCAUGGAGCUGGCCAAGACACGGCUGCAGCUGCAGAAUGUGGGCCCUGCCCGCACCUACAAGGGUUCCCUGGACUGCCUGGUGCAGAUCUACCGCCAGGAGGGCCUGUGUGGCGUCAACCGAGGCAUGGUGUCCACACUGCUGCGAGAGACACCCAGCUUUGGUGUCUACUUCCUCACCUACGAUGUGCUGACACGUGCUAUGGGCUGCGAGCCAGGUGACCGCCUGCUGGUGCCCAAGCUGCUGCUGGCGGGAGGUACAUCGGGCAUCACGUCCUGGCUUUCUACCUACCCUGUGGACGUGGUUAAAUCGAGACUGCAAGCUGAUGGGCUGCAAGGAGCCCCGCGCUACCAUGGCAUCAUCGACUGCGUGCGCCAGAGCUACCAGGCGGAGGGCUGGCGUGUCUUCACACGUGGGCUGACCUCCACCCUGCUGCGUGCCUUCCCUGUCAAUGCUGCCACCUUCGCCACUGUCACUGUGGUGCUCACUUACACUCGAGGCAAGGAAGCCCGGCCAGAGGGUGAGGCAGUGCCCGCAGCCCCUGCUGCCCCUGCAGGGCCCACCCUGGCCCAGCCUUCCAGUCUGUGAUGUCUGUUCCACCACCCUCUCCAGGGUCACUUUGCUAAAGCAAAUUGGCUGGUGGUGGUCACCACAGUCGAUCCUCCACUGGCCUCCAUUUUCCUAGCUGUGAAAUGAGGACUUUCUUGCAUGGUACAUUUGGGAUGGUCGGGGGCAAUGCCUGGCUAGACCUAGCCCUGUGCCUGGCUGAGUGUGUGUUCUGCAGCUGGAACUGCCACCCAACCUCUCCAGCCCUAGCACUCCCAGGGGUGUCUCCUGAGCCACCUGUAACAAGCUGGCCAAGGACCUGCCAAUUCCCCAUAGAUCCUCCACCCAACUAAGCACCUUGGGUACUGGUGCCCAGAGAUACUCCAGUACCUCUUGUCAUUUAGAGGCAGAGGGCAGCUUGGAGUUCUCCUGGCCUAGCACAGCCCCUCCUCACCUGUGUACCCAACAUCUCAGUGGCUGCCCCCAAACUGCAGGGGAUCCCAGGGUCCUGGCACCAAGCUUGUUGAGUCUCUCAUCAGUCUAGGGACCCAAUGGGGGACAGGCCAGUAGUGAAGGUCUGUAGUACAACAAUUCCUCUUACCUCUGGGUCUCAGGCUACCUGUUUGUAAAAUGGGGACUGACGGCCAGAAUGCCCCAUGGUGGAAAGAUGCAGUGUGGGAUCCACUCUCCAGAAAAUGGUGUUUUGCGGGGGCAGUCUCCUCCAUGCCUGUGCCUCUUGAAGCAGAGGUCUUAGUUACAGGCACAGUAUAGCCAGCUUGGGUCCUUCUGAGCACAGGACUAUGACAAGCACUCCUAGGAGGCAGACUGUUCAAACGGGGCAAGUCUUCAGCUCUCUAGGUGAAUGUUGCUGUUGUAUAUGAUCCUCUGAAGGAAUAAAGUUAUUGUUUUUCAAGUG